CGUCUGUGGGCACUUUGCUGCAACCCUGCGACUGGACUUGAACCUAAUAUUGAACUCAGUUACAGCUCCUCCUUGUCAGCUGGUGCUUCUGGAACUGAGCUGGAACUGGUGACGACAGACUGGAGAAGCCAACGAGGCAGCCUGGGCCUGUGCUGCGACCACCUCUCUCCCCAUCUCCUGGAGGUGCAGAAUGACUCUCUUUGAUGGCGUCUACCCCUUCUACCCGCAGCAGAGGAAGAGCUUUGUGUUCGAUGUCAGCACCAUCAUUGUGGUUAUCGUCUUCCUGACGCUGGCUUCCACCUUCCUGCUCAUCAUCCCGGGCAUCCGUGGACGGGCGAGACUGUACUGGAUGGUCCGUGUUCUCUUCAGCUUGAUGGUGGGAGUAGUGAUUGUUGUUGUCCAGUUCACGGGGGACUGGGAGAGCGGCUGGGUGACAGCCAACACCUCCUACAAAUCCUUCAGCCUCGCCGUGGUGAACGCAGACAUCGGGCUGCAUGUCGGCCUGGCAGGCGUGAACAUCACACUGGUGGGAAACCCAGUGAAUCAGGUCAACGAGACCAUCAACUACAACGAGCACUUUGCCUGGAGCUUCGAUGCAGACUACGACCACAGCUACAGCGAAGGCCUGGAGAAGGGGCUGCCCAGCCCCAUCCUCUACGUGGCGGAGAAGUUCACCACACACAGCCCCUGCAACGUGCACAGGCAGUACCGCAUCUCCAGCCACUACGCAUCGGCCAGUCUCUGGGUGGCCUUUUGCACUUGGCUCAUCUCCAACAUGCUCUUCUCCAUGCCUGUCCUAGUCUACGGAGGGUACAUGAUCCUGAUCACAGGGGCCUUCAUGAUCUUCUCACUGCUCUCCUUCUCCACUGUGAGGAACUCCCUGGUGUGCCCAAUCCAGUUUGGGACCACAUCCCUGCAGAUAGGCUAUGGGGGAUCUUUCUGGCUCACACUAGCAGUUGGCUUGCUCUGUUUUGUGGCUGGGAUCACUGUUGUUGCACUGCACUACUUCAACUCUGACCUACUGAAAACUUUCUUUGAUCUCCAUGUGGACAAAGCAGAGGACUAUCGAGAGAUGACUGAAGUGUAUGUCAACCUUCGGUUCAUGAACAGUACUCUGUCUCCUCCUCAACCCUCCAAACUUACCCCUGAUGACAUCUAGAAGAAAAGUUUUCCUACUCCUUACCUGAAGGCGGGCCUAAGAACACAGAGCACAGACCCUUCCUGAUGUCUCUUGAGACUCAUCUAUCCAUC